AUGGAAGCUGCAUCCGCUGCUCUGUCGCGCGGUGCGCUAGACGCCAUCUUCAACGACCCGGAAAAGGCCGAGAAGAUGUUCCCCGUUCCCGUCCUGCAAUGCCUUCAGGUCAAACAGAUGGCUCCCUCUGCCCAAGCCGGCGACAGGUGGCGUCUCGUCAUCAGCGACGGAGAGCACUAUGUCCAGUCCAUGCUGGCCACCAAGGCCAAUCAGGUCAUCCACGAUGGCAAGCUCGUGCGUGGAUCUUUUGCCCGCGUCAAGCAGUACCAGCCCAACAACCUGAAGGGAAGGAGACAUCUGCACAGCAUCCUCAUCAUCCUCGAUCUCGAGGUCAUCGAAGACUACGGGGUCCUUGACAAGAUUGGCGAGCCCGUCAGCAUGGAUGCCGCUCCCGCCGGGCAGGUCGCCGGGCAGGCCGCCGGAGACAACAACAACAACAACAACAACAAUAACAGCGGCAACGCGAUUGCCGGUAACGACUUUUACGGUGCCAAGAAGGAGGAACCGACACAGAGCAAGCCGUCGGCGGUGCCGGCCGCCAAGACAGUCACGCAUGCGGGGUCGACGAUACACCCAAUCGAGGCCCUGUCCUUCUUCACGCACAAGUGGACCAUCAAGGCGCGGGUGACGCUCAAGUCGGACAUCAAGAGGUGGCAAAAAGCCAACAGCGAGGGCAAGCUUUUCAGCGUCAACCUGCUGGACGAGAGCGGCGAGAUCAAGGCGACGGGCUUCAACGAUCAGUGCGACGCCUUCUACGACCUGCUCCAGGAAGGUUCCGUCUACUACAUCUCGACACCGUGCAAGGUGGCCCUGGCCAAGAAACAGUUCACCAACUUGCCCAACGACUACGAGCUCACGUUCGAGCGUGACACGGUCAUCGAGAAGGCCGACGACCAGUCGAGCGUGCCGCAGAUGCGCUUCAACUUCUGCACCAUCCAGGAGCUGCAGAGUGUCGAGAAGGACAGCACGGUCGACGUGAUUGGCGUGCUCAAGGACGCCGGCGAGGUGUCGGAGAUCAUCUCCAAGAAGGACGGCCGGCCCUUCCAGAAGCGCGAGCUGACGGUGGUGGACGACACGGGCUUCUCGGUGCGCGUGACGGUGUGGGGCAAGACGGCCACGAGCUUUGAUGCCAACCCUGAGUCGGUCGUGGCCUUCAAGGGCACCAAGGUGUCAGAUUUCGGCGGCAAGAGCCUGAGCCUCCUGUCGUCGGGCACCAUGUCGGUGGACCCGGACAUCCCCGACGCGCACCGGCUGAAGGGUUGGUACGACUCUGCGGGCCGCGGGGACAACUUUGCCACGCACCAGAACUCGGCCAGCAUGGCGGGCGCCACCGGCCGCAAGGACGAGAUCACGACGAUCCGCAAGGUCAAGGACGACAACCUCGGACACGACGAGCAGGCCUACUUCACCAUCAUAGCUACCAAUGUCUUCACCAAGCAGGAUAGCUUCUCAUACCCGGCCUGCCCCUCGCAGGGCUGCAACAACAAGAAGGUGACGGAGCUGGGCGACGGCACCUGGCAGUGCGAGAAGUGCAAUAUUGCCCAUGAGAAGCCCAACCACCGCUACAUCCUGUCCAUCAACGUCGCCGAUUUCACGAAUCACAUGUGGCUCACCUGCUUCGACGAGGCCGCGCGUGUCGUCAUGGGCGUCCCUGCAAACGAGCUCAUGGAGAUGCGCGAGUCGGACGAUGCCGCCUUCCAGUCUGCCUUUGAGGCUGCCACUCUCCAAAAGUUCAAUUUCCGAUGCAGGGCCAGGAUGGACACGUACGGCAACACGCCGAAAAUCCGUUAUCAAGUAUUGUCGGUAUCAGCUGUGGACUACAAGUCAGAGGGUGACAGGCUGGCCAAGCUCAUUGAGCAGUAUAACAUGGAAUAA